AUGUAUCCAGCCUCCUCUCAUUUUAUUCUUAGCUGUUGGACUUUCUCCGUUUCAAGCAAAAUAGAUGUUCUUGUGAUGGAGAUACUAGAAAAUCCCCAGAGUUUGGUGAUUAACGGGAUAGAACGGAUGCGUAGCAGAGCAGAAGCCGAGGAUCAUCCAACAAGAUGGAAACACGAGGCUAUAUUGAAGCGAUAUAACUUUAAUGAGUUGUUCAUAGUGUUUGCGUUCGAAAUAGCCGCGGAGAGUUACACAAGAUGA